AUGCCCAUUGGAGUUGCCCUGAUCGGAGCAGGCCUGUUCAUGCAGGAUGCCCACUUGCCGGGAAUUCAGGCUUCUCCCGACCUCGAGCUCAAGGCUGUAUAUUCCCGAUCCCUCAAGUCGGCGGCCGGAAUUGCGACCGACCUGCAGCUGGGUCGGUAUGCAGACGACACCAACCAAGGUCUACCCCACCUCCUCGAGCGCGCGGACAUCCAAGCAGUUAUCAUCGCUCUGCCCAUCACGAAGCAAGCCCACUACGUCCGGGCCGCCUUAUCGGCUGGCAAGCAUGUCCUGUCGGAAAAGCCCAUCGCCAAAGAUAUUGCAGAAGCUGUGAGCUUGAUCCAAUGGUACAGGUCUGAAAUUGCGCCCAAGGGCAUCACCUGGGCGGUGGCAGAGAACUGGCGAUACCUGGAUACCGUGCGAUACGGUCGAAAACAUCUCGGGCAACUGAGAAAGAUCCGGCAAUUUCGCACCCAAGUAUACGUCGACUGCCGACCGGGGCAUUUCGAAUAUUGGAACUAUGUAGAGGUACCCUGGCGUCAGAAACCCGAUCAUCAAGGGGGCCUAAUUCUCGAUCUCGGCGUACAUCACCUCGCUGCCACGCGGUAUCUGCUUGGAUCUGAACGCAUCACGCGUGUUAAUGCGCUGGUUGCCGCGUUGGACGGCGCUCUGCCUCCUGCGGACACAGUUGAUGCCAUUUUCCAGACUGAGUCGGGCGCUCAGGGCACUUUCACGUUUUCCACCUGCUCCAGUCUCCAGAAAGACACGGGGUAUGCGGUUGUCGGCGAAAACGGGAACUUGCGAGUGCAGAAUGAAGUAGUUACCGUCCAGAUUAACGGGAAGGAUGAUGUGAAGAAGCUCCCAGUUGAGCGUCUAGCAGUGGUCAACGAAGUCAAGGCUUGGGCGGAGGCACUGGCAAAGGGGACUGUGCCGCCCGAGCAGCGACCAGAAGAAGCAUUGGCGGAUUUGGAACUGGUCGAACUUAUCCUGAAAAGCGGUCAUGAGAACGGGGCGCCUCAAUUCCCUCAGCACCAGAGGAUUAAUGCAUAA